AUGGCUGAUCCUCCAGGUCACAAAGACCGUGGCCAUACCAAUGAUGUCUUCGACAACCCCCUGGACUCUGAUGUCACGAUCAAGUUCGGCGACAACCAAGUCUUCGCUCAUCGCGCAAUCUUGAGACUGUGGAGCCCCUACUUCAAUCGCGCAUUCCAAUCCAAAUUCUCAGUAAGCUACCCUUCCAACCCUUCCUGGCCGGGGCUGAAUAUUCAUCAGGUGGCCCACAACGGAGUCUACGAAUUCGACGACGAUGACGAUUCGGAAGCAGUCUACGCUAUGCUGCGCCACAUGUACAACAUGCCGUAUGGCGAACACCCGCACAACCGUAUCCCGACAGGCAUCCACCUCUAUCAUUGUAUCAGAACCUUCAUGAUUGCCGAUCAAUACGAUUGUCCACCGCUGCGUGAAGUCGCCAAGGCACACUUUUACAAUGAAGCACUGAGAUUGCUCCACGGAGCAUCUCUUAACGCUUUCAUCCAUUGUAUGUCGCAGAUGUGCGGCCCUGAUGCUCCCAGACUUGCGGACCAGUCGCUGCGUGAUAAAAUCCUCAGUCUCUGCAUGAAACACUACGGCAGGCUCGCCGAAGAGGAUGUCUUCAAGGCUGAACUGAAAGCAGGCACGCUUUUUGAUGGCGAUGCUGCCGUACAGAUCCUAGCCAAGGUUAAUCUGCGUUCUACUCAAGAAGAUGACGAGAUACCCCCGGGAAGUUUGAUGGCAGCCCUCCGUGCAGCAGACCUCCGUGCAGCAGACCUCCGUGCAGCAUCUGAAUCCCACUCAGUUAGGGAUGCAGGGCAGUUAGGGUGGCUAGGCUAG